GGCGCUUGUGAUCUCCCAAUAAACCUCGGCCAUCUCUACCAUAGACUGUCUCAAGCUCAACUCUCCGUGCCGCUAUUACUGCAAAUGUAUGUAGAAGAUCGAGUUACAAGUACGCCCCAUCUUUAAACUCUUGUCUAUGCGCAGUUAGCCGAAGGACAACGGGACAGGCAAUAUACGUCCUAUGCCAGCCGUCAGACAAGGGUCAACGCCUAUGCCUUGACUACACUCUCUGGUUGAUGGGCAGCUAUCACAUCUACCGGAAAUAAAAGACAUGAUUGAGACAAUGGAUACCCAGCGUGCCUUGCAGGCAGUGGAGCGGCUCCAGGCCAAGCUGAAGGAGCGGGGGGAGGUCCCCACCGAGGAGAAGCUAAGCUUGCUCAAGUCGGUGCUCCAAAGCCCUCUGUUCCACCAGAUUCUGGCCCUGCAGAAGUCUGUCCAGCUCCUCAAAGACCAGGGGGGUGGUGUCACAGCAACAUUUGGCGGUGACCUGAGUGAAUGCUACACAACAGCCCAUGCCAAUGGCAGCCAUCUUGCCUACCCAGAAUCCUCCACUGGUACACAGAUCAAUGGGAAGCCGUCUCCUGAGGAGUUUGAGCACAUCAUUCGCUCCAUGGCUCAGGGGCGCUACGUGACACACAUGGAGCUGGUGAAGCCGCUGUCUGGGGGCCUAGGCUUCAGCGUGGUUGGUCUGAGGAGUGAGAACCGCGGGGAGCUGGGCAUCUUCGUCCAGGAGAUCCAGCCCGGGAGCGUGGCCCACUGCGAUGGGAAUCUGAAGGAGACAGACCAGAUCUUGGCCAUAGACGGUCAGCCCCUGGACCAGACAGUGACCCACCAGCAGGCCAUAGGCAUCCUGCAGAGAGCGUCCGAGCGUGUGCAGCUUACUGUGGCCAGAGGACCCAUCCCUCAGCUGGCCAGCCCUGUGGUGUCCCGCACGCCCUCCGCUGCGAGCACCCUGUCUGCCCACUCCAGUGCGGCCCACUGGAAUCAUGUGGAGACCAUCGAGCUUGUCAACGACGGGACAGGCCUGGGCUUUGGCAUUGUGGGAGGAAAGAACACCGGUGUCAUUGUCAAAACCAUCCUGCCUGGAGGCAUCGCUGAUCAGGAUGGGCGUCUGCACAGUGGGGACCACAUCCUCACAAUUGGGGACACUGACCUUUAUGGCAUGGGCAGUGAGCAGGUGGCUCAGGUCCUGAGGCAGUGUGGCAACAGAGUGAAGCUGGUCAUCACUAGAGGCCCUCCAGAGGAGACCUCCAUCGUCCCAAUGGCGUUGCCCACUGUCACAGAGCAACAGGGCUAUGAGGAAGAGGAGGCUGAAUCGUUCGACGUUGGGCUGACCAAGAACGCCCAGGGUCUGGGAAUCACUAUCGCCGGCUAUGUGGGGGACAAAAAUUCUGAGCCCUCUGGUAUUUUUGUGAAAAGUAUAACUAAAGACAGUGCAGUAGAGCAAGAUGGCCGCAUCCAUGUUGGGGACCAGAUCAUAGCCGUGGACGGGAUGAAUAUCCAGGGCUACACCAACCAGCAGGCCGUGGAGGUGCUGAGACACACAGGCCAGACGGUUCACCUGAAGCUGGUCAGAAGUGGAUUCCGUCCAGAGGACAUCCCACCCGCUGUGGUGCCCAGUGUGAUCGUACUUCCACCAACCCCAGGGGGCCGAGACCCCACACUGGAGAGAACAGAUGUAGUGGACACCACCGCUCAAGGUGAGAAACAGUACCAGGCAUUGAGUGGGGAAUCGGAUGACUCCACUGUGAAGGAUCAGUUAACUAAGAACACCAGAGACGAAGCAAAGUUAACAGAGGAUGAAGAGUUGGAGCUGAUGAAGAAGUGGCAGGAGACGCUCGGCCCCAGCAACAAAGUCGUGAUUGCCCAGGUGGAGAAGUUCAGUGAGAGCAGUGGUCUGGGCAUCAGUCUGGAGGCCAACAACGGGCACCACUACAUCCGCUCUGUCCUGCCCGAGGGGCCAGUGGGCCGCUGUGGGAAACUCAUCAGUGGGGAUGAACUGCUCGAGGUCAAUGGAAUAUCCCUGAUUGGUGAGACCCACAAGGAAGUGGUGAGGAUUCUGAAGGAGCUUCCUGUCUGUGUCUACAUGGCCUGCUUUAGGCCCGUCCCUCUCCUUCAGAGUGACAGGGAUUCUGGCCAAACAGGGUUGGAUGAAUUUUCCACUGAACCUAAAAUUAAGAUACAGGGAGACCUCAGCAGUUUCCUGGUUCCCGGAGGUUCCGAGGGGGCGGCAACAAGGGAAAAUGUGACGGAGGAGACUCUGGGAGCUCCUUUGGCCAUGUGGGAGACGGAAAUACAGGACAUCGAGCUGGAGAAGGGAGAGAGUGGACUGGGAUUCAGCAUCUUGGACUACCAGGACCCAAUGGAUCCGGCCAAGACAGUGAUCGUGAUUCGCUCUCUGGUGCCAGAAGGAGUUGCCGAACGGGAUGGCAGGCUUUUGCCAGGCGAUCGGCUCAUGUUCGUCAACAGCACCAAUCUGGACAACGCCAGUCUGGAGGAAGCCGUCCAGGCACUGAAGGGGGCCAACAUCGGCAUGGUUCACAUUGGGGUGGCCAAGCCACUGCCUCCAUACAAUGAAGAGGACAGUCCGUCGUCAUCCUCUGGAAUCAGUUUUUUUUUAUCUUCAACACUGCUGGUUAAAGAAAGCGAUGAAGAGGAGCCAGCGGAGGAUCACCUUUUCCGGGCAGAGCCUGCAUUGAUUGACUCCAAUGAGGGAGACCUGACCGACGAGAGGGCAUUGGAGCAUCGCUUCUCUGGCAAUGAGGAUGACACCUUACAGGCAUCCAUGAUCGCCCUGCACGGCAGCACCUGCAGCGCCGAUAUGGACUACCAGACUACCUUGCAGUCCUCCACACCCAAACGGAGUGCUCGCCUGGACUUGUUGACUGAGCAUCCCUUGGUGACGUUGUUCGGCCUUGCGGACGACACUGAACCCUUCUCCCCGGAGGAGAAGCCCAUCGUUUUCCCCCUGCCCAGGAGUAUUGGAGGUCACGCACUAACGGUUGACGAUAACGCACUAACUAGCUCCGAUCAGUACCUGGCGCAUCACUUAACCCAAAUGGAGCCAUCGGAUCUGUCAAACUCAUACAGUCCGUACACUGACCCUGAGCCUGGUUUGAAUGAUUUGGGGGAGCCGGUGCAGUCUCUCCAUUUUCAGGUGGAGUCCACCAUGGCUGUUGAGGACAUAGGGGAGAUGGAAGGCUUAAUGAAGGGGGAUGAGCCAUCUGUAAAGCAGUCCAAAGAGGAAGGGGAUGAGGUUAUAAUCACUGGGAGUCAUUUUGAAAGGACAAUCACUGUUGUCAAGGGCAACUCCAGUCUCGGAAUGACAGUGAGCACAAUCAAGGAUGGCUUGGGGAUGUACAUCCGCAGCAUCAUCCACGGAGGUUCCAUCAGCCGAGACGGCCGUCUGGGAGUGGGGGACCUAAUCCUAGUCAUCAACGGCGAGUCCAUGGCCAACCUGACUAACACCCAGGCCCGCGCCAUGCUCCGGAGACACUCCCUCAUCGGGCCAGACUUGGGAUCUGCUUGUGCCCCAGAGGAAGAUCUGUGCCCCUUUUAUGUCAUUACCUAUGUCCCUGUGGAGUAUCUGGAGGAGUAUAAGACUAGCCUGGAGCAGCCUAAAGAUGACAUCUGCUCUGAUGCACCUCCAGCCCCAAUAAGAGGAAUCCCAGAACUUCCUGAGCGGGAGGAUGGAGAGGGAGAGGAGAGCGAGUUACAGACCGCCACCUUCAGUAACUGGAACCAGCCUAUGAAGGUGGAGCUCAAAAGAGAAGCGGGCAAGUCCCUUGGCAUCAGCAUUGUGGGGGGCAGAGGGAUGGGCAGUCGCCUUAGCAACGGUGAGGUGAUGCGGGGCAUCUUCAUCAAACACAUCAUGGCGGACAGCCCCGCCGGCCGCAAUGGAACCCUGAAGACUGGAGACAGGAUUGUUGAGGUGGACGGUGUGGACCUGAGUGAUGCCAGUCACGAGCAGGCUGUGGAGGCCAUCCGCAGGGCAGGAAACCCUGUAGUGUUCCUGGUCCAGAGUAUCGUCCACAGGCCCAGGCCCAAGUCCCGCUAUAGCCCCACUUCAUCACCAGUCAUAGAGUACAGCACCGCUUUAAAACGCUUGCCUCAUCACAUGUGCCAGUCCUCAACCACGGACACCAACGAGGAGAGAGUGGCGCGGCGUAAUAGUGACAAGGAGGUUGAGUGUCACAGUAGACUAUUCCUACGCCUCUCCCCAACUAACCCUUUCACUCCUACUCCGUUUAAGCCGCCAAAGCGGGAAGCGGGAAAGACAUCGUCCACCACUCCUCACCUCUCUCUUCCUGUGGUUCCCCACGUUGGAGAGACAGACACGGAUACUCUGACAGAGAUUCCCGACAGACCGUCCCAGACAGAAGAGGAGGAUAAGUUUGGCUACAGAUGGAAGAACAUCAGUCAGAGGUACGACAGUCUCCCAGGGCUUCUCCACAUGAUUGAGCUGGAGAAGGGGAAGACUGGCCUGGGCCUUAGCCUGGCUGGCAACCGUGACCGCUCCCGCAUGAGCGUGUUUGUGGUCGGGAUCGACCCCAGUGGAGCCGCCGGCAAAGACGGUCGCGUUGUGGUCGGGGAUGAACUGUUGGAGAUCAACGGGCAGAUUCUGUAUGGGCGGAGUCACCAGAAUGCCUCCUCCAUCAUUAAAAGUGCCCCAUCGAAGGUCAAGAUCAUAUUCAUCAGGAACACAGAUGCUCUCAACCAGAUGGCUGUGGGACCAGUGAGGGAGCAUGGAGACACACUGGAGCCCCAGACAGAGCUGGAAACAUGUUCUUCCAUUGCACCCUCGGCGAUCGAUGUCGACAUGUUCAAAUAUGUGCAGCACGUCAUUCUGCUGAAGGAGGAGGGUGGAUUCGGCAUCACUUUCAGUGAGGACACCAAGGAUGGGCUUGUGAUUCAGAGUAUAACUGAAAAAGGACCAGCAGGAAAGGACGGCAGCAUCAAAUCUGGAGAUAAACUCCUGGCUGUGGAGGAUAAGCCAGUGAUGGGCUAUACUGUGGACAGGGUCCACUCUUUACUGAAGAAGGCCAAAAGCUCAGUGAAAUUGACUAUCUGCACAGACAAGUCAUCACCCCUUCUCCCUCACUGUACUGAUCAGGCAACCAGCCUAGCCAGCAUUCAUAGAAUCUCCAUGGCUACCCUGGGCCAGUCUGAGUCAGAGCCAAUCAGGAGCUCUAGUCGCUCAUCCACCCCUGGCACUCUGGCUUCCUCUGACCCUGUGACCUGUCCCAUCAUCCCCGGCUGUGAGACCACCAUAGACAUCUCCAAGGGCCGCACAGGCCUGGGCCUCAGCAUCGUGGGGGGCUGUGACACUCUACUGGGGACCAUCAUCAUUCACGAGGUCUAUGAGGACGGAGCUGCCUCCAAGGAUGGGAGACUUUGGGCUGGGGACCAGAUCCUGGAGGUGAAUGGCAUUGACCUGCGCGUCGCCACUCAUGAUGAAGCUAUCAACGUGCUGCGCCAGACCCCUCAGCGGGUGCGUCUCAGUGUUUACAGGGACGAGGCUCAGUACAAGGAGGAGGACCUGUGGGAUGCCUUCACCGUGGAGCUGAACAAGAAGCCCGGCCAGGGCCUGGGCCUCAGUAUCGUGGGGAGAAGGAACGACACAGGGGUGUUUGUGUCCGACAUAGUGAAAGGGGGCGUGGUGGAGAGUGACGGGAGGCUGAUGCAGGGAGACCAGAUCCUGUCCGUCAACAAGGAGGACGUCAGAAAUGCCACCCAGGAGUUAGUGGCCGAGCUGCUGAAGUGUGGUGUGGGACCCAUAGUGAUGGAGGUGGGCAGAUUUAAAGCCGGGCCCUUCCACUCUGAGAGGAGGUUCUCACAGAACAGUCAGAUGAGUGAAACAGGCAGCUGCAAGGUGACCCCUCACUCUCUGUCAGCCUCCUCUGGAAGCCUCCAAGUGGACUGUGACAGCUUACAACACACAAAUCAGGAGUCACUGGACCACCAGGAGAUCAGAAGUGUUGAAUUCACUAAGGGCCCUACUGAUUCCUUGGGCAUCAGUAUUGCGGGUGGAGUGGGCAGUCCCCUGGGUGAUGUGCCCAUCUUCAUCGCCAUGAUAAACCCUACUAGCCUUGUUGUCCAGACACACAAACUCAAGAUCGGUGACAUUAUCGUCAGUAUCUGUGGGACUGCUACUGAGGGUAUGAGCCACAGCCAGGCCGUCACCCUGCUGAAGAACGCCACCGGCACGGUUGGCCUUCAGGUGGUAGCAGGGAGUGAUACCACAGUGACCGGCCCCUUUCAUGAGCAGACCGCUACCGGACUCUCAGUCUCAGGUCUUACUGCUACUAGCAUCUUCCACGAUGACCUGGGACCUCCUCAAUAUAAAACCAUCACACUGGACAGAGGCCCAGACGGACUGGGCUUCAGCAUCGUUGGUGGCUUCGGGAGCCCACACGGAGACCUGCCCAUUUAUGUGAAAACCGUGUUCGGAAAGGGGGCAGCAUCAGAGGACGGGCAUCUGAAGCGAGGGGAUCAGAUUAUGGCUGUUAACGAACAGAGUCUGGAGGGGGUCACCCACGAGGAUGCCGUGGGCAUCCUGAAGAGGACCAAAGGAACAAUCACCCUGACUGUGCUUUCCUAGAUGCACACAUAGACAAAGAAUCAUACCUCGAGGGAGACACACACACCUAAAGAAAUAUAUACUGAAAUGUGAACACACACUACCAUAUGUUCCUAAGCGCUAACCUUGUUUUGUAGCAAGAAACACUGUGAUCAAUAUUAUUUGAAGCUACUGCGGGUAGACUGACGUAUUCACUGGACACUGUGGCUCAGAUCAUCUAUACUCUAGUUUUCUGUGCUCGGACAUGGACUGUAGUGUUAUGAUAUUUAGGGUUAAUAGCCCUUGAAAAGAUUUCUAUAGAAUGAGGGCCAUUUAAGGCUUAUGCUACUGUAAACUGCUGUCCGUCCACUUAUAUGGACGGACAGCACUAUAUUGAAGUCACUGUGGAUCUAGCGAAGAGACAGAGCAAGUCUAGACUCUUUGAAUAACAUUUCAAUCAUUUUUGAUUAAGGUUUUAUCUGUGAUGCAAAGCACCUUUUCUGAAGGGACAUGGUCUGAAAUCUUUGGUUUCUUGGUCAGAAGUUAUACAGACCAAGUCUAAGUGUGUGUACGCGGGUCACAGUCAGGGAAAGGAGAGUAUGUGUGAGACAUUCACUGCUGCUAAUGCAUAUGAUGAUGUGAAGCCUUGUUUUACACUAUUUUAACGUUCAAGUAUUAAUCUUUUUUUUUGUUCUGUCAUGACCGUACUUUGUCAUAAUAUGAUAGAAGGUGAAACCAGCCAACUUCUAUGGUCUAGCUCAGUGGUCUCCAACCCUGGUCCUGGAGAGCUACUGGGUAUGCAGGCUUUUACUCCAACCUAGCACUUGCACAGCUGUUUCACAUAAUCAACCGUUGACAUUCUUCAAUAUGGACCACGAUCAAGUGUGUUAGUGUUGGGUUGGAGCAAAAGCCUGUAUACCCAGUUACUUUUUGGUAGGAGUUGGUGCUCCCUAUCUAUCUCCAGCAUUAGCUGGAUACCCCAUGUUCUAGUUUCACAAUAAUGGAUCCCCUAUUCAACGUGGCAUCAGUCACACUCUUGUCACCCACCGUACAUGUGUACUUAGUAUUUCCAGCACAGUAUUGAGUUCACAGGAUGAAUUAAUAAAAUUGACCUUCAAACCCCA